AAAUGGUAACCUUCCAGUGGAAAAGUAUGCGAUCAUAUUUAUAUAACGCAAAACAGUCGUGUGGAUGAUUCUGUGUUUUUCCUCUACUGUAUCGAUGAAGGUGCGAGAGUUCGAGGAAGAAGUAAAAAAACGUGUCUAGUCAAUCACUUGGACCAAGAGGAGGAGUACGUGCUUUUGGAGUGUCCGUAUUUGUGUGCGUGUUGGUACACUUUCACUUCACGAAUUUCUCUUAUCGCGCCGCAAACCAGUUACACUUUUUCGCUCGGCCGAUGCAAACUCUGUUUUUUUUAAAUUAACACACGGUGCGAGGAAGAGAAAGAAUCGCCAAUAGAGACGAGAGCAGGAAGGGCAGGUUUUCAUCAUUCAACGAACUUUUUUCUUUAUUUGUUGAUAAACAUAUCUCAGCAUGGAUUUAUUGGAGAAGACAGUCGGCGAUUUCGGUAAAUGGCAACUGAGGAUAUCCAUCUGCAUGGCUCUCCUCAAGUUCCCCAUAGCCUGGUUCCAAUUGGGCAUAGUUUUCCUCGCACCGCCGACCGACCACUGGUGCAGACAACCAGAAGACUUCAAACUGUUGACCGUCGAGGAUUGGAUCGAGCACAUCCGACCCUACGGCAACGAAACCAAUUACGAUGACACCAAAGUGAAGUGUUUGAUGAGGAAUGUGGAGUUGCCGCACGUUAGAGAACUGAUGCCGUGCAAAUGGGGCUACGAUUACGACAAAUCCGUGAUACACUCGAGCAUUAUAACAGAAUUUAAUCUGGUCUGCGGGAAGGAGAGUCUCGUCGACGUAACGCAGAUGACUUUGAUGCUUGGCGUUCUCUUUGGAAACAUCAUAUUCGGAGUGAUGGCUGAUAGAAUUGGCAGAAAGAAAACGUUAAUUGCUAGCAUCAUAAUGCAAUCCGCUUGUGGGAUGUUGUCUGCUUGGUCGCCGUGGUUGGAACUGUUUCUCGUCUUGAGAUUCUUGAUGGCCGUGGCGAACGGUGGCACGAUGGUCACCUCGUUCGUGAUGUGCAUGGAGGUGGUCGGCGGAAUCUGGAGGAUCAUCGUUCCUAUCCUCUACCAAAUUCCGUUCGGUAUCGGGAACACGCUGAUGGCAGGUCUGGCCUACUACUUGAGGGAUUGGAGAGAACUCCAAUUGGCUUUAUCGGUGUUCAGCGGAUUCUUCAUCGUUUACAUUUGGUUGAUCCCAGAAUCACCCAGAUGGUUGAUUGCGACUGGUAAAAGGAAAGAAGCCGCUGUUAUUUUAGAGAAAGCGGCGAAGCACAACGGAAUGGACGAGAGGGAAGUGAAAAAGGCUUUCCUUGCGGUCCCUGAAACGAAGCAGGAGGAACGCGCCAAAUUCUCUUCAGUCCUGAAAACGCCUAAUUUAAGAAAGAGGACGUUACUGUUAUGCGUGAAUUGGUUGAUCUGCGGUGUCACGUUCUACGGAUUCACGCAGUAUUUGGGCCAAAUCGGCUCAAACAUCUAUUUCACUGUGGCAGUGGGUGGAUUGAUCACAAUUCCGGGUACGAUGAUGUGCGUGUUCAUCAUCAAAAGAUAUGGCAGAAAGUGGACCAUAGCUUCCUCGUACUUCUUCAUAUCCCUAUGCUUCCUCGGGAUACUCUUAAUCCCAACUGGAAGAUUCGUACACGAUUGGCCGAGGAUCAGUUUCGCCGGGUUAGGUAUCAUAGGGUUAUCCAUCGCCACUCCGGCGUUGUACCUUUUCACAGGUGAAUUGUUCCCAACUGUUCUAAGAAACGCAGGCGUUGGAGGAACAGUCAUGUGGAUGCGAUUGGGAUCAAUGGCAUCACCUUUCGUCAUUUCCCUAAAGACGUACAGCGCCCAUCUACCUUUGAUCAUCCUAGCUAGUUUGACUCUACUCCAGAGCAUUCUCAUCUUGCCGUUGCCCGAAUCGAGCGCCCUUUUGCCUGACACAGUCAAAGACAUCGAAAUGUCAGAAAUAGUCAACAACAACGACAUCCUCAAUGGCAACUACCUCUCAGUCCCCAUCAAAGUACCAGAGGAAGACGAAUAAGGCAAUUGAUAUAAUUUUUUUAUUAUACUUUUAAACAUUUCCAUAAUUAUUGUUAGAUGUAUAAAUAGUACCUUCUUAGUUUUAUUUUUGUUACAAAAAAUGUGAUGCAAC